CUUUGUGCAAUGGGCCUUGUUGCUGCUCCGUGGGCAUAAUUCAGGCUGGAGUAGAUGUGGCCUCACCGCGUGACAUCCUAUCUUCAGGUAAGGGGGCAGUAUGGAAUGGUGACUUUCCCCGAUGUGACUGUGAGCUUCUCCAUAGAGGAGUGGUCAUGCUUGGACGCCUCUCAGAGGAAGCUCUAUAGUGAUGUGAUGCUGGAGACGUAUGGACACCUGUGGGCAGUAGCAGGGUAUUACGGAGUGAAGCCAGCGCUGAUCUUCUGGUUAGAAACAGGAAUGCUGGGGAGGCUUCAGAGAGGCAUAUUUGAGCAUGACAUCAAAAGAAGUUAUCCCUCCCGGAUCCUGCCAGCAACAUCUCGAAAGCACCCUCAAUCAGAGAAUUCUGAUCCACAUGAACAGAACCAAUGGCAGCAACUUUCUGAUCCAUGUAAUGACAACCCAAGGAAUGACAUAUUUGAAAGUCAAAAGCACAAAGAAAACUCUCCAGAUUCUCCUAAGAAGAUGAGGCAUAAAAGAAUUUCAGUCGCCUUUUCUAGACUAUUUCCCAGUCAAAUGGGAAGCUCUAAUAAGCAUGAGAUGGCAGUGGAGGAAGAAACUAACACAGGCCAGAAGGAAAAUCCAAGGAACCCAGGUAGAGUACUUCCAGUCAUAGAAAUGCCAAAAAUUGAAAUAGAUGACUAUGAAAGGCCUAGGCAAGACUUGAUUAAUGAAUCAAAUCUCGUGUCACCCCAGAGGGAGAAGCCCCAUAUUUGCAGGGAGUGUGGGCGAGGCUUUGGUCAUAGGUCAAAUCUUGUUACACACCGAAGGACACACACAGGGGAGAAGCCCUAUUCUUGCAGAGAGUGUGGGCGAGAAUUCAGUGUGAGGUCAAAUCUCAUUGUACACUGGAGGACUCACACAGGGGAGAAGCCCCAUGUUUGCGGGGAGUGUGGACGAGGGUUCAGUCAGAUGUCACAUCUCAUCACACACCAGAGGACACACACAGGGGAAAAGCCCCAUGUUUGCAGGGAGUGUGGGCAAAGCUUCAGUAGUAAAGCAGUUCUCAUCAGACACCAGAGGACGCACACAGGUGAGAAGCCUUACAUUUGCAGGGACUGUGGGCGAUGCUUUAGUGACAGGUCAACUAUUGUAAGACACCAGAGGACGCACACAGGGGAGAAGCCCUAUAUUUGCGGGGAGUGUGGACGAGGAUUCAGUAUGAGGUCCAAUUUGAUCUUACACCAGAGGACACACACAGGGGAGAAGCCCUAUGUUUGCAUUGAGUGUGGGCGAGGUUUCAGUCAGAAGUCCCGUCUUGUCACACACCAAAGGACACACAUAGUGGGAGAAGCCCCUAGUUUGCAGGGAAAAUGGGUGAGGAAUCCAUAUGAGUUCAAAUUUCAUACACCAGAGGACACAGAUAGGGGUGAUGCCCCAUGAUUUCAGGAAUUGUGGGCUAGGGUUCAGCUUGAGGUCACAUCUCAUCACACACUGAGGAAACACAAGUUAGAAGACCUACAUUUGAAGCAAAGAUGCCUAAUAACAGCAAGUAAUAUCUUAGGAACCAUAAAAAACAAAUGCAUCUACAUCAUAAUGCAAAACAUGCCUGACACGAUGGCUAAAGAAGGUACUGACCUCUAACUCCUUGCAUAUUUUGCCAUGUGUACUAAAAUA